CCGACCCCAGACGAUGCAGUGUUUACAUAAUGAGUAAUAUUUACAAUGUUGCGAAUUUUCAGUGAACAUGACCCACGCCAGACUAAUUCAGAAACUUGAGGACGUAGGAGUUACAGAAGAUAAAGUAUUAAAAUGGACGAGAGUUUCUAUUUGAGAGGAAAAAAUGCUAACAGAAGUGGUAAAAAUAUCUGAUCCCACAAGGCAAGAGCUUGAGUUGACGCCAUGCAUAGAGACGAGAGGAAUUCUUCUCAGCCGCCGCAGACACACACAGGCCGCCUUGGAGAAGGAACAAAAUGAACACUGGAAGAUUGUGUGGAAAAAGAGAAUAGCUGAAAAUUUGGUAAAGAACGAGAUAUGGCUAUUAAAAAAAAACAUAAAGGAUAUUGGCCAGAAAAUUAAAAAUCUGAAGGACUUGGCAAUGUUGACUCAACAGCCACCCACACCGACCCCCAAAUCGGAUAACCUCUGA